AUGCCUAGCUCUCUCGAACAAUUGAAGGCCGCCGGCACCACCGUCGUCUGCGACUCUGGUGACUUCGCCACCAUCUCCAAGUACACUCCUCAGGAUGCCACCACCAACCCCUCCCUCAUCCUGGCUGCUUCCAAGAAGCCCGAGUACGCCGCUCUGAUCGACGCCGCCGUUGCCUACGGCAAGAGCAAGGGCGGCAGCAUCGAUGACCAGGUCGAUGCUACUCUCGACAACCUCCUUGUCCAGUUCGGCAAGGAAAUCCUCAAGCUCAUCCCCGGCAAGGUCUCGACUGAGGUCGACGCCCGCUUCUCCUUCGACACCCAGGCCUCGGUCAACAAGGCGCUGCGCAUCAUCGACCUGUACAAGGAGCAGGGUAUCUCCAAGGACCGUGUCCUGAUCAAGAUCGCCUCUACCUGGGAGGGUAUCAAGGCUGCCGAGAUCCUCCAGAGCCAGCACGGCAUCAACACCAACCUGACCCUCAUGUUCUCGAUUGUCCAGGCCAUCGCUGCCGCCGAGGCCGGUGCCUACCUCAUCUCCCCCUUCGUUGGCCGCAUCCUUGACUGGUACAAGGCCGCCACCAAGAAGGAGUACACUGCCGCCGAGGACCCCGGUGUCAAGAGCGUGCAGCAGAUCUUCAACUACUACAAGAAGUACGGUUACAACACCAUUGUCAUGGGCGCAUCUUUCCGCAACGUUGGCGAGAUCACCGAGCUCGCUGGCUGCGACUACCUCACCAUCUCCCCCAACCUCCUCGAGGACCUCUACAACUCGCAGGAGGCUGUCCCCAAGAAGCUCGAUGCUUCGCAGAGCGCCACCCUCAGCAUUGAGAAGAAGACCUACAUCAAGGACGAGGCGACCUUCCGCUUCGACUUCAACGAGGAGCAGAUGGCAGUCGAGAAGCUGCGCGAGGGUAUCUCCAAGUUCGCUGCUGACGCCGUCACCCUGAAGAACAUCCUCAGGGAGAAGAUUGAGAAGGCUUAA